AGGCGGUGCAAGUCCGCGGGCGCGGUUCAGUCGGGCAGUGGCGACAGUGGCGGCGGCGUUGGAGGUGGAGGAUGUGGGCCACGCACGGGCUGGCUGUGGCGCUGGCUUUGAGCGUGCUGCCGGGAGGUCGGGCGCUGCGGGCAGGCGACUGCGAAGUUUGUAUUUCUUAUCUGGGAAGAUUUUACCAGGAUCUCAAAGACAGAGAUGUCACCUUCUCACCAACCACUAUUGAAAAAGAACUUGUCAAGUUCUGCCGUGAAACACGAGGAAAAGAGAAUCGGUUGUGCUAUUACAUUGGGGCCACAGAUGAUGCAGCCACCAAGAUCAUCAAUGAGGUGUCAAAGCCCCUGGCCCACCACAUCCCUGUGGAGAAGAUCUGUGAGAAGCUCAAGAAGAAAGACAGCCAGAUCUGUGAGCUGAAGUAUGACAAGCAGAUUGACCUGAGCACAGUGGACCUGAAGAAGCUCCGAGUUAAAGAGCUGAAGAAGAUCCUGGACGACUGGGGGGAGACAUGCAAAGGCUGUGCAGAAAAGUCUGACUACAUCCGGAAGAUUAAUGAACUGAUGCCUAAAUAUGCCCCCAAGGCAGCCAGUUCACGGACUGAUUUGUAGCCUGCCAGAUCCCUUCUGCACCUGAUGGGAAAAAACAGUUCAUCUGUCUCUUCCCAGCCUUUUUGUAAUUUAUUUUUUAUGCAGGCUCCUGACAAUGUCAGGUGUGAAGCCUGGAGCUUUCCCGAUGAUGCUGGCUUGACAGCGCCCCCCCAUUGGGGUAUUCACUUAGUUCUGUUGCUCGUUUACUCUAGGACUUCAAAGUGUGUCAGGGAUUUUUUUAUUAAAGGAAAAAAAAUUUCUAGCUGUC